AAAAGAAAAAAAGAAAAAAAGAAGAAGAAGAAGAAAAGAUCAGUCUCUCUCACGCACCACUUCCCUUAUUCCUCCGUCUCAGAGUCAUCUCCACUCGUCUACAGUCCGAGAGUCUGCUUUUGAAGACCCGAAAUUUGGAGAAAUCCAUGGAUCAAAGGUGACUGGAAAAGUUAGGAUCCGAGGCAAUUCAGCGUGUGGAGGUGUUUACUGUUCCGUUUCAACCAAACAGUGCCUGUAAAGCUGAAAAGGCGAUUUAUAUAUUUCAAUCUGAAGUCAUUUUUCUAGCUUUAGUAUGCGAGUUUUAUUGAUAAAGGGGAGAGGAAUAGUGAAGGAAAGAGAAUAAUGCAAAUGAAGAAGAAGGGUAAUACUGACGCUCCUCCUAAGCAGAAGGAGCGACACAUAGUUACGUGGAGUCAACAGGAGGAUGACAUUCUCCGCGAGCAAAUUAGCCUCCAUGGAACUGAAAAUUGGGCGAUCAUUGCGUCCAAGUUCAAGGAUAAAACAACUAGACAGUGUAGAAGAAGAUGGUACACUUAUUUGAAUUCGGAUUUCAAGAAAGGAGGAUGGUCUCCGGAGGAAGACCUGAUCUUAUGCGAGGCUCAGAAGAUCUUUGGUAACCGGUGGACUGAAAUAGCAAAGGUGGUUUCAGGCAGAACGGAUAAUGCUGUGAAAAACCGAUUCUCGACUUUGUGCAAGAAGAGGGCAAAACAUGAAGCCUUGGCAAAAGAGAACAGCACUUCAUAUAUCAAUAGCAACAACAAAAGGGCUUUAUUUAACAAUGUCUUCAAUACAGAUGGAACAACAGAAGCUGCAGUUUCUCUUAAGAAGAUGAGGAGGACCCAUCUCCCUGAUCUUACAGAAAACUGCAAUGGUGGAGAAACAUUGCUUAGUGAAUGUGGAACGACAACAAAUCAACAGCCAAGGCCUCCAUUUGCGGUAUUGGUUCAAAAUUUCCACAGUGUUAACAGCUUGCCAGUUCAGCAUCAUGUUGGCAGCACCAAAGAAGUCUCCAAUGAUGCAUCACAGAAUAACAAGAUUCAAGGAACAUUUCUCAAGAAGAAUGAUCCAAAGAUAACUGCCUUGAUGCAACAAGCAGAAUUGCUCAGCUCGCUUGCACUUAAAGUUAAUGCAGAGAAUACAGACCAGAGCCUUGAAAAUGCAUGGAAGGUAUUCCAAGAUUUUCUCAAUCAAACCAAAGAAAGCGACAUGCUCAGAUUCAAUAUUUCUGAAAUGGAUUUUCAACUUGAAGAUUUCAAAGAUUUGGUAGAGGACUUAAGGAGUAGUACUGAGGGAAGUCGGCCAUCUUGGAGGCAACCUGAUUUAUAUGAGGAGUCUCCAGGCAGCUCUGAAUACAGUACAGGAUCAACUCUUGUGUCCCAAACAGCAGGCGAUAAAACAGAACAAACUCAACCUGAGAUAUGUGCACUACAUCAGGAAAUUGGAGUUGGGUUACAAACAAUUCCUAUGGAUCAAAAUGGCUUUGAAGAAUGUGUUAAGGGGGUUCUUUCGGGUACAACCACAAAUCAAGCAGAGAUUUUUCCUUCUUGUGAUGAACCAAAAACCAAUGAUGUAGUUGCUUCUAACUUGUCAAGCACAGAGUUCAGUUCCCCUCUUCAAGUGACCCCACUGUUCAGAUCCUUGGCAGCAGGAAUUCCUAGCCCAAAAUUUUCAGAGAGUGAGAGGAACUUCCUACUGAGAGCACUUGGAAUGGAGUCCCCUACCCCUAAUCCAAGCAGUAACCCUUCACAACCACCACCUUGCAAAAGGGCCCUCCUCCAAAGUCUAUAACCAAUCUCUCUGAUCCAUCAUCUCACAGACAGAAUUUUUGAGUGUCUACAACCAGUAUAACUUCUUUCUUUGAUGCAACUUAGCAUAUGUUGAGUUCCCAUCUCCUCUGUGUUCAGUUUCCUAGGAUCACACAGCCAUGCCGACCUGACUUUUAACAGAGGCAUACUGAGAUCUGCAUUCCAAUACCUGGGAUCUAGCAUGCUGUGGAGCAUACUUCAGCAGAUCUAACAUUGUGUUCCGUGUUCUUCUUCUUCUUUAUUAGAAGAAUUACUACCCCUAAUACUCACAUUAAUACCGGUGUGCUCGUUAAUGUGUGUGUCAUUCUUUUGUUUAUCUUCUGAUGGGAUUCAGUUUCCAGUAUUCUUUUCCCUUUUUCAUCCGGCUUCUUGAUUUGUCAGCUGUACAGAACUUGCAGUAUAAUACCCUAGUCUUUCAGAGUGUAAUUAUACAACGGCACCUCGCCUAUAUUAUUAAGAAAAAAAAAGAACGAGAGGAAAGAAAAAAAAAAGUAAAGGAGGAUCAACCAGUUUACAUGGAUUCCUAUUUGUUGUUUUUUCUGUGUGCAGAAGGUAUAGAAUAAGUUUUAUGGCUUCUCUUUUACUGAUUGUAAUGUAACUUGCUAUGAUUUGAGUGGAAAAUGGGUUGUGGUUUUGGUGUGCA